AAGUCUGUAUUGAUUAAAUUCUUUUUUACAUCACCUCUCCUAUAGCUCCUCUAAACAACAUCCAGAAAGUUCAGAAACAUGGAGAUAAAGAACAGCAGCAGUAACAGUAACACAGACUUCAUUCUUCUAGGCCUCUCCUCCAACCCUGAGCUACAGACGCCUCUCUUUGCCAUCUUCCUUAUCAUGUACCUGAUCACUGUGGUGGGGAAUGUGCUCAUCAUUCUAGUUAUCCACUCUGACUGCAGACUCCAUACACCUAUGUACUUUUUCCUCAGCAACUUAUCCUUCAUGGAUAUCUGCUUCACAACAGUCAUUGUGCCCAAGAUGCUGGUUAGUUUAUUAUCAGAGACAAAGACAAUAUCUUAUGUGGGCUGCCUGGUCCAGAUGUACUUUUUCAUGGCCUUGGGGAAUACUGACAGCUACCUAUUGGCCUCAAUGGCCAUAGACAGAUUGGUGGCCAUCUGCAACCCUUUCCAAUAUGAAGUGGUCAUGAGUCCAAAGCAUUGCCUGCUCAUGUUAAUAGGUUCUUGCACUAUAUCCCACCUGCAUGCCUUGCUCCGGGUGGUACUCAUGUCUCGCUUGUCUUUCUGUGCCUCACGUGUCAUUAAGCACUUUUUUUGUGACACCCAGCCUGUCCUGAAGCUAUCCUGCUCUGACACCUCCUCCAGCCAGAUUGUGGUCAUGACUGAGACCCUGGCUGUCAUUGCAACCCCUUUCCUGUGCAUCCUCUUCUCCUACCUGCGGAUUAUCAUUACUGUGCUCAGAAUUCCCUCUGCAGCUGGGAAGUGGAAGGCUUUCUCUACCUGUGGCUCCCACCUCACUGUAGUAGCCUUGUUCUAUGGGAGUAUCAUCUAUGUGUAUUUUAGGCCCCUGUCUAUGUACUCGGUAGUGAAAGACCGUGUAGCCACAGUUAUGUAUACAGUGGUGACACCCAUGUUAAAUCCUUUCAUCUACAGCCUUCGAAACAAAGAUAUGAAGAGAGGUCUGGGGAAGUUAAAGAACAGAAUUAAAUCAUAG